AGACUGAGAACAGAGAGUGUCCCUCAAGUUAGGCCUACACACCAAUAGAAAAAUGUAGUUAUCAAAGGAUCUUUAAAACCCCAAACUUUUUCUCUUAUAUUUAGUGGAGAGAAUAGGAUAUUUUCUGUUUGGGUUGGCUUAUCUAGAACUUGAACAAUUGGUUUAAUACUUGUUUGGGAUUCCUGGUUGCUUCUUUCAGCAUGGUGGAGACUGGAGUUCACAGAAUCCUUCUUUUGGUUUUUACUCUGACAAAGUGUCUGGAGGGUACAAAACUGCUGGCAGAUCUUAAAAAAUGUGGUGACUUGGAAUGUGAAACUUUAAUUAGCAGAGUCUCAGCUGUAAGAGAUUACGGAGGACCUGACUGCCGAUACCUGAACUUCACUAAGGGAGAAGAGAUAUCUGUUUAUGUUAAACUUGCAGGAGAAAGGGAAGAUCUGUGGGCAGGAAGUAAAGGAAAGGACUUUGGAUAUUUUCCCAGAGAUGCAGUCCAGAUUGAAGAAGUGUUCAUCUCUGAGGAAGUUCAAAUACCAACUAAAGAAUCUGACUUUCUUUGUCUUCUUGGAGUAAGCUACACAUUUGAAAGUGAAGCUAGUGAGUUAAACAACGAUUAUGGCGAACAUAUAUAUCCAUAUGAAGAAGAUCAAGAUAAAAUAUCUGGCAUAUAUGAAAGUGAUUUUCAGAUAGAACCUGGGUUUUUUGCAACUUCUGAAAGUACUUUGUUUGAAGACCAAUUUCCAGCAUUGGAGACUCCAGAGGAUAGCAGUAGUACCAGUGAAUCAAAAGACAGGGAAGAAGUAGAAGCUGAAAGAGUAGAACGAGAUCAUAUCCCAGAAGUGGGUCGUGGUCCACCAUCCUCAGCUGUGCCUAAAGUAAAAGGAUGGUUUGAAUUGGGAAGAGAACAAGCUGUAGACAAGGUUUCUGAACCAGUUAUUGAACCUGCACAAGAAAGGUCAUUUAAAAGCAGAAAAUCAGCAGUGGAAGAUGAGAAUUACAAAGAGGAAUUAAAUAAUGGCGAGCCCCGAACAGAACAUAAGCAAGAACCUGAGUCAGAAUUUGAUUCAGUGCCAAAGAAACAGUCUGAACUAACAUCUGAGUCAGACAUUCUCAAACCUCAACCCACUGGUUGGUUUGGUGGUGGAUUUACAAGUUAUUUAGGUUUUGGAGAUGAGGAUACAGGGCUUGAAUUAUUGUCUGAAGAAAGCAAUCCGCCACUAAAAGAUGUUCCAAAUUCCAUAUUAUCUGAUGAAAAAGCCACAGUUCCAUGUACAGAAAUAUUAACAAAAAAAGAAGACAUAAUCACUAAUGAUAGCUCAAUUCUUAAGCCAACUUGGUUUGAUUUUGGUUUUGGUAUGCUAGGCUUUGCAUAUGCCAAUGAAGAUAAAAUUAUAUCAAAUGACAGAAAAAAUGAAGAUGGUGGUGAGGGAGAUAAACACGAACAUCCUCCAGCGGAUGAUUUAGGCCCUGAAAAGGAACAAGAAAUAAAAAUGGUACAAAUUAUGGAAGCAGAAGAUCAAAUAGACAAGCAACGAGUCUUAGAGAAAGCAGAUGAUUCUGAUACUUUACCAUAUUUGAAAAAGUUUUUGUAUAAUUUUGACAACCCUUGGAACUUCCAGAAUAUUCCAAAGGAAACAAAAUUGCCAUUUCCCAAACAGAUACUGGAUGAAAAUAAUGUUAUUGAAAAUGAAGAAACAGAAGAAUUUUCAACUGAAAAUGAUCCCACAGAUAACAUGAAAGUUAUGAUGUUGAAAAGCAGAUACAGUGAGUCAGAUAUGGUCUCUAAAAUAGGAUUAUCUAUGAGAAUUGAUGAAUUAAAUUUCAAAACCUCAUCUUCUAAAAAUAAUGAUGAAACAUCAAGACCAUCAGUAGACACUGAAGAGUCUGCUCAGGUCUAUAUGGACAGAUCUGUGGACAAUAACUUGCUAAGUAGUCAGCUGGUUUCAACUGAUAACUCUUUGUCAUCUCAAAAUUAUAUUCCUCAAAAAGAAGAUGCUUCCAAGUUUCAAAUUCUGAAAUAUUUAUUUCAAAUUAAUGUUUAUGAUUUCAUGAAUUCUGCAUUUUCACCAAUUGUAAUUCUUACAGAAAGGGUAAGUUGGUCUUUUAAAACUUUUACAACAAUUUUACCUAUUUUAUUAAAUACAGGAGUGGCUGCAAAAUAUCUUCCCUAUAUAAGGUUUAUAUUUCUUUUUCUGUGAAAUGUUACAUGUAAGAUUUCUCUCUAUAUGAAAAUUGGAUAUUGUUAAAGAUUUUUAAAUACUUUU